AGUCAGGAAGCGUAAAUAAGAGGUUUUACAGUGGGGGCGACAUACGAUAUGAUCAAUGCAUUGUGAGGUAUCACUUUACUACAAAUAUUAUUCAGUCUGCCGUUCUGUUAAGCAAAUAAUCAUUGUUUUAAGAUUAUUUAACCAAAUACAAGAUAAGUGUUUUAACAUAAUUUAGUGAACUGUAGUUCCUUGCACUGGGUGUAAAUUUGUGUUUGUAAAUAUGACCGAUGAACGGCAGCCGCUUUUAUCGUCAAGUUCUGGAGGAAAUUUAAACCAAAAUGGAAGUAGUGCCGAAAGUACAACUUCUGUAGCCUCUCUAAAUUUAACAACUAUUCGAAUUCCAAUAUAUGGAACAAGUCCACAACCAACAAGUAAAAUAAUCCCCGUAGAAGAACGAAUCACAUACACUUGGAGCGAAAUCAACGUUUUUGGCAACAUAAGCUAUUCCAAAAGAAAAAUUUUCAACUUCGGUAAAAAUAAACCCGGAAUCAACAAAAAACACCUCCUGAAAAAUGUAUGCGGUGUGGCAUACCCCGGAGAACUCUUAGCAAUUCUCGGCUCCAGCGGCGCCGGAAAAACCACCCUUCUCAACACUCUCACUUUUCAAACUUCGUCCAACUUAACCGUUUCCGGUAUCCGCUGUGUUAACGGAGCCUCGGCCAUACCCAAACAACUAAUCAGCCAAUCAGCUUACGUACAGCAAGACGACCUCUUUAUCGGAAACUUGACAGUUAAAGAGCACCUAAUUUUCCAAGCCCUACUUAGAAUGGAUCGCGACAUAUCCUACAAUCAAAGAAUGCAAAGAGUGGACGAAGUAAUCGCCGAGUUGGGUUUAAAAAAAUGCGAAAACACCCAAAUUGGAAUCAUCGGACGAAUCAAAGGCAUUUCUGGUGGCGAAAAAAAGCGCCUGGCUUUUGCAGCCGAAGUCCUGACUAACCCGAAGUUGAUGUUCUGCGAUGAACCCACAUCAGGAUUAGACUCAUUCAUGGCUUACAAUGUCAUUCAGGUUCUUAAGAGUAUGUCAAUGACUGGGAAAACUGUUAUUUGCACUAUCCAUCAACCAUCGUCGGAGUUGUUUUCAAUGUUUGACAAGUUGUUGUUGAUGACUGAAGGGAGGAUAGCUUUCUUGGGAAGUCCUGAAGAAGCGGAUGUGUUUUUUAGAGAGCUUGAUGCACCGUGCCCUAAAAAUUAUAACCCGGCGGAUUAUUUUAUUCAGCUUUUGGCUAUAGUACCAGAGAAAGAAGCCGCUAGUCGUCAGGCGGCUAAUGUGAUUUGUAAUAAGUUCGAGAGGUCAACAGUUGGGGUUAAAAUUGCUUUAGAAGCUGGUAGUGGGAUCAAAGAUAGUGGGUAUCAUGAUGUUUGGAUUAAUGGUGACUAUGCGAGAAGUCCUUAUAAGGCUUCUUGGUGGGCACAGUUUAGAGCAGUGCUGUGGAGAUCUUGGUUGACCGUUAUGAAGGAACCGAUUCUUAUUAAAGUCAGACUGUUGCAAACAAUUAUUAUUGCCUUACUUAUUGGAGCAAUUUAUUAUGACCAGAAGUUAGAUUUAGAUGGAGUGAUGAAUAUUAAUGGUGUUAUCUUUGUACUUUUGACAAACAUGACUUUUCAGAACAUUUUUGCUGUCAUCAAUGUGUUCUGCGCUGAACUCCAGGUUUUUCUCCGGGAACAUCGCAAUGGCAUGUACCGAACUGACAUUUACUUUCUCUGCAAAACCAUAGCGGAAUGUCCCAUCUUUAUAACGAUGCCUUUAAUUCUGACAGCUAUUUGCUACUUCCUGAUUGGAUUAAACCCAAACGGGCCUAGAUUCUUCAUAGCUUGCGGAAUUUUAGUUCUCGUUGCAAACGUAGCUACAAGUUUUGGGUAUAUGAUAUCCUGUGCUUCCCCAAGUAUUACCGUCGCUCUUUCUGUAGGGCCCUCUCUGAUAAUACCGUUCAUGCUCUUCGGUGGCUUCUUUCUUAAUAUCAGUUCGAUUCCUGUGUAUUUACAAUGGGUGUCGUAUUUGUCAUGGUUUCGAUAUGGAAAUGGUGCCCUUUUAAUAAAUCAGUGGCUCAAUGUGACGGAAAUUGAAUGUCCAGAUGAAAAUACAGCGUGUCCUAAAGAUGGAAGUGUUGUUCUCGAAACGUUGAAUUUUCAAACCAGCGACUUUACCCUGUAUGUUGUCAUGUUGGGAGUUCUUAUUGUGGGUUUCCGUCUAGUGGCUUAUUUUGCACUGCUAGCUAAAGCUUAUAAACGUAAAUAGAACAUACUCAAAAACUUUUACACUGCAUUUAAUACGAUAUUAUUACAGUACUGAAUAAAUAUUUUAUUAAUU